AUGUCUUACGAGAGUGAUGAUUCCAGUGACGGUGAACCAAUCACCCAUCCAACCCAAGUUUAUCAAAGGAUCUAUGAAAAGGAGGCAGACAGCCAUUUGCAGGAAAGGUUUGCUCUUGAGAGAGAGGCAGAUGCAGCCGAAAAGGAGUACCUUAAAGUUGCUGAUGAAUGGAAGAAGAAACCUACACCAAAUCUAGAGCAACGCAUGAACGAUCUCAGUGACCGUUGUGAAGAGAUUAAUGAAAAUUUGAACGAUGCCAAUGAAAGCUGGAUCAACUCCUAUUCUGUUGCUAUGUACUACAAGGACAAAGAGAGACGUGAAUUGGAAGAAGAUAGUGAUUGA